UGUACAUUAGUCCUCCCUCCACUCCGCUCCUCUCACUGUCAAUGUCAGAUCACUUCCGUAAACGUUAGACGGACGAUGAUGUUGACGAACUGAUUGCCACAUAAAGCGGUCCAACACCAGCCGGCUCUGGAGCCCUGUCUUCUUAUGCUACUCCUCCUUCCUCCCGCCCGGAUCUUCGGUAAUAUCCUUCGCACCUCACCGCGUCCCGACGACGGGUCAGUUCGCUGGCCUUCGGCCCUGCGGGUUAGCAUCGAGUCUACCCAGCACAGAACUAGUACUGGAAACUCUCUUCGAAUCGCCAGUCACGAUGGAUGCGCCGUGGACGUACAACACCCCUCCGGGAACGGAGACCUCGGGCGUGCAUAUCGCGACCGUCGCUCUGGUUCUUACGGCAAUGUCGCUGGUAAUCAUGAGUAUGCGACUGUAUGUGCGUGUCAUUAUGUUGAACGCAGCCGGUUUAGACGACUGGGUCAUCGUCGUAACGUGGGUUGCGGCUUGCGGUUUCGCAAUAGUCAGCACGAUUCAAACUAAAUGGGGCCUUGGACUCCAGAACAUCGCGGACAUGCCCAGCCAGAACCUCUACAACUUUGGCUUGUUACAGUAUGCCGGUGCGCCCUUCUACAUCAGCAGCAUCCUCGGCUUCAAGAUAAGCCUGCUACUCUCUUACCUCCGCUUCAUUCCCAAGGGUGCCUACAGAAUAGGAACAUUCAUCACCAUGGGUAUGUGUGUUGCAUAUCACUUCAUGUUUCUCGUGGUCCAGAUAAACCUCUGCACACCGAUUGCCAAGCAGUGGGACCCAACAAUCACGAAUGGCUCCUGCAUUCCAGGAGUCCCCUUCUACACCGCCAUGUCCUUGUUGACGAUCUUUUUUGACCUUGUAGUCAUGUUCCUCCCCUUCCCAGUACUCGCGAGCUCGAAGAUCCAAAAGCGCAAAAAGGUUGUGCUCCUCGGCCUCUUCGGCCUCGGCGCCUUCAUCACCGUCAUCCAGAUCAUCCGUAUCCAGACCGUUCGCGCGCUCGCAAACUACCUCGACUCGGCGCCUCUCAUCAUGUGGUCCGCGGUGGAGAGCAACCUCGGCAUUAUUGUCUGCUGCGUACCGACACUUGCCCCACUCGUCAAGUACUUCAACGAGAAGAGCAGGUCGGGGAGCCGGAGCAACAAGUACGGCGGCCCCAGCGGCCACGGCAGGUCUGCGAAGAGCGGCAACGUGGGAAGCAGGUACGCUCUGCAGAGCUGGCGGCCAGGAAUGAACGGGAUGCAACCGCUAGGCAGUGGCACCGACCGCACUGAAAGCGGCGUGCGUCACUCGAGGACAGGCAAGGGGUCUGAUGAGGAAAACGCGGACUACCAGGGCUCGCCGGGUAUCAUUAAGAAGACGACGGAGUUCGUGGUCAGAAGCGAUCCAAUAGUACCAGGGCAAGCUGUCUAAGGGG